ACAUUCGAAAUGGAGAACUUUUGCUCGCUAAUUGAGUUUCAUGAAGAAGCGAUUAUCCAGAAAAAUUACAUCGAUAAAUAUGCCAAUUUUUACGGUUUUUGCAUAGCUUCAUUCUAUAUCGCUCUUUUCAUUUUAUUCCUGGGGCCUAUUGUGCUGGACCAGCCGUUUCCAACACCUACCGAUUUUCCGUUCGAUACAUCCCGUCAACCGUUGAGAGCUAUUAUAUACGUACAUCAAAUUAUCGUGGGUUUGCAAGUAGCCGCGAAUUUAUCGGUUAACGUUUUCAUGGCACUAUUGCUCUGGCUGGCAUCUGCAAGAUUCAGGUUGUUGACUGAGGACUUACGAGGAACUACGAAUAUCUACGAUUUCGAAAAGUGCAUCGAAAAGCAUCAAUAUUUACUCAAAUAUGCAAGUGAAAUUACUCUUACAGUCCGUCCCUUUGCAUUGGGAACUGUGUUGUUUAGUACUAUGGCACUAUUAGUAAUCGGUCUUAUUAUCAUUGCAGGAGCAUCGUUACAGUUGAAAAUUCAACUUAUCCUCAUAGUCUUCAGCGCGUUAUCGGAGGUAUUUAUGUAUGCAUGGCCAGCCGAACAUUUAAUUCAUAUAAGCAGUGACGUGGCGCAAGCAGCAUUUGAGAUGGAAUGGUACGAUGAAUCAGAUAAUCUCAGGAAGAACGUGCAAAUGGUUAUAUUAAGAAGCCAGAAACCAAUAAUUGUUGCGCUGCCAUGCGGUCUACCGUCGCUAUCUUUACGUUACUACGCAUCGUAUCUAUCAACUAUAUUCUCCUACUUCACUACAAUGCGAUUGAUAUUCGAAGAGCAAAGUGAUCAACUUUAAGCAAGACAGUGUAGUUUCAAUGAGUUUUAAUGAAAAAGAGUUUUCUGCAUUGUAUCAUAUAAAUUACUAAAUUAUUAUAUUAAUAGCUUAUAAAUAGAUUU